AGCCGGACAGAGGGACAAGGGCCGGCAGACGGCCACGAACCCGGCCCGCACCGGCCAUGCUCCAGCGCACGUGGUCCUACCUGCUGUACCUGUACGGGGCUCUGAUCAGUGCCCUGAGCCCAUGUACCCCCCCCGCCCCGCUGCCAGCCAGCGGGCUGGACCGGGACCAGUUCCCCCGGCAGUACUUGGGCACCUGGCACUUCAUCGCUGCAGCAGCAGCCAGCCCUGCCGCCCUGGAGACCUUCGCGGGCACCGACGGCUCCGUCUUCCACAUGGGGCAGGGCCCCCAGCCCCAGCGUCUGCAGCUCCGCGCCGCCCUCCGCCUGAAAUCAGGGGUCUGCGUGCCCAGAUCAUGGAUUUAUCUGCUUAACGAAGGGAGCACUGACCUGGCCACAGAAGGGCGGCCGGGGAUGAGGACCGAGCUGUUCUCCAGCAAGUGUCCAGACACCAUCAUUGUCCAGGAAACCGACCGAGACUAUCAAAGGAUCCUGCUGUACUCCCGCACCCCCGACCUGGCUGACGAGUGCAUUGAGGAUUUCCGGAGCCAAGCCUACUGCCUGGACAUGGAAGAAUUCCUGCUUACCCCCCGCAGCCAAGACACCUGCCAGCUUCGGGAUUCCUGAUUGACCCACUGCCAGCCCCCCCAGCUGCUGCGACUGGCCCGCCCCGAGGAAACAGCCCCCCCCGAAGACUGACCCCCUCGUUCGCCUGGAGGAAGAAACCCCAUUUCUGCAGAGCCUGUCAAAUAAAUCCCAAUCCUGCCGCA